AUGGCACUCCGUCUAAUUGUUGGUUCGGCACUUCGCCCCGUUGUCAACAAUCAGGUCUGUUUUUAUUUUUUACUUCCUUGAGUGUCAAAGUUAAGAUUCGAAACUCUUCUGCAUUAUCUGUGAAAGAAGUUCUCGCCAGCCAACCACAUACGGAAGUCACGACUUUGAAGAACGGCUUCCGUGUUUCUACUGAAGAAAAUGGCAGAGCCACUGCUACGGUAAUUUUUUUUUCAGAUGUCUUGUUUGUUUUUUAUUUUAUUUUAAAAGGGCUAUUCUAUUCACCAGCCCGCGUUUUUUGUGUGAUAUAAUCAUUUAGAUCAUUUACUCAGGUUGGAGUUUGGAUUGAAACGGGUUCUCGCUACGAGAACGAGCAGAACAACGGAGUCGCUCAUUUCCUAGAACGUCUAAUUCAUAAGGUUUCUCAUUUAAUUUUCAUUAAAACUGAUAUUUUGAUUAUCAAAAUAUAAUGGUUAAAGACAGGUGAAAAAGAUCACGAAAAAGGCACUGUACUCAAAUGAACUUACUUCUAUGUUUUAAAAGGAAUUUUAACGUUUUUAGAUGCAGCUAUUCUUGUCAUGGCGCUGAGUAUGAAAAGAAUAACGCAAAAUUUUCUAAUUAAAAAAAACCCUCUUUAAAAGAUCAUGGCUUGCGACUAUGUGGCAGAAAAACUCUUCAUUACGUUUUAUCCUUGUUUUUUAAAAGUUUUAUUGUAGUAUUUUUCACAAAAACUUGAAAGUUUUUUCAAGAACGCUGAUUUUUGAGGGCACUGGAAAGCGUGCUUCGGCCGCUCUGGAAAGCGAAUUGGACGCUAUUGGUGCCAAGUUGCAGUCUUCGACUGAUCGCGACCAGACAGCCGUGUACGUGCAAGCGGCCUCUCAAGACGUCGAGAAAGGUGACUUGGUCUUUUCCUGCUAAACUGAAAGCUUCCUUGCAGUGGUCGACAUUCUGGCGGAUGUUCUGCGCAACAGCAAGUUAGACACUUCUGCCAUUGAAGCCGAACGAUCAGCCCUUCUGGAGCAGUUAGACGAGUCUGAACAGUACUUCCAAGUAGCAUAUUUGCCCUUUUCGGAGAUUACAAUGAGUUUUCUAGGCGGUUCUCUUCGAUAACCUUCAUGCUUCGGCUUUCCAAGGAACUCCUCUUGCGAAAAGCCCUCUGGGAUCGACUGCCAGUCUCAAAGUAAGAUUUCUGAAUAUUAUGUUUUUUAUAUCAAAAUAUAUCUCCCCAAUCUGAAAAGCAAAAAAAUAUUCUUCUUAUUUAAUCUUUUUCUUGGCUUCUCUAUCUUGUCCUGUCAUUUUGUUUUUAGCCUUCAUCUUUUCUCAUCGUCUUUCGAUUAUCUAUCACUGAACGGAGGUUUCAAUUUGUCAUUACGAUUCUGCUGAACUAUUUGAAUUUAUGUAAUGAGAGAAAAAAUACUAAAGAGUUUUCCAACAACUAAUUUGGACAUUUUUUUUAUUAUUAUUACGAAGUUGUUACCAUUAGUAUUCUUUCUUUUUCUUUUAAAAUCAGUGAUUCCCUUCAACCGCUUUUUGUUUUCGAGCCUUCACAUCAUGAGAAUAAAAAACAGUCAAAUAUCCAUGGCAGGUGAGAGCGCGGUUUUUGUUAUCCGCUCAAAAAGGCAAAACUGUCCCAGAUUUGAAUGAUGUGCGAUUAGAUACUGAUGAAUGGAUUACUGGAAUUAGGAAAAAAAAAGGAAAACAAUGAGUGAUUUUCCAUUCAUCAUAACUAUUCUGCAAAAAAGCUCGGCAUCAUAUUAACCGUUUCAUACGCACUUUCGCAGAUUUACUCUUUCUACAAUGUUUUUGAUCACAUCUAAACCAUGAAAAGCUGUCAGAAACAAGAAAAUGAUAAGAACUCAUAAAUAACAAGUUAAAAAUGAAACUUCGACGUUACGUACUUUUCGACUUCAAAAUUGAGAGUAGCAAACGUUUGAAAACUCAUGAGAUUUUUGUGACUUUUUAUGGCAAUGUUCAAUCCAUUCGUUAUGACGUCUUAUUGCAAAUUUCAAUUUCACAGCUUCUGUUUUCGUGACUGUUUCCAAAUGAACUAUAUUAUGUAACAGUCCUCUUGACGUUCCAGGUGAUCGGAGCUCAGCAGCUGAAGGAAUGGCAAGAAGACCACUACCGGCCAGUUCGCAUGGUUCUUUCGGCUGUGGGUGGCGGCGUUUCAAAUGUGGCCCAGCUUUCCGAGAAGUACUUUGGGGAUUUGAGCAACGAAUAUCCUCGUAAAGUGCCAGAGGUAUUCAUGAGUUGAAUUUUUGAGUCUCUUUUUUUUCCAGGCUUCGGGAAUUCGUUUCACCGGAUCCGAGUACAGGUAUAGAAACGAUAACAUUCCCCACAUGUACGCUGCAUUCGCUGUCGAGGUUUCUUUUGUCCAUCGAAACUUGUAAAAAAAAAAAUGGCUUUGAAGGGUGUCCCGUACGGCCACAAGGACGCGUUGGCGCUCCAGUUGGCCAAUCAGUUUAUUGGUUUGUGCUUUUUUUUUUUCUUGGAAGAAAAAAACAAUCGAUUUGAAGGUUUUGAACGAAGAGAACAAUGAGAACAGAAAAAAAUAUGUGUCUAAAAUAACAAAAAAAUCAUAAACAGAGAAAAUGCAUUUAAGAAACUAAUAAAAAGAGAAGAAUGGAAUGGUUUUCAAUAACCUUCAUACAGGACAGUGGGACGUUACGCACGCGACAUCGCGAACCGCGCCUUCACGUCUCGUUCAAAAGAUCUCGCACGAUCACGGCCUGCAUCUUCUCCAACACUUCAAUGUCAACUACAAGUUGGUGUUUUUCAGCGUUUAUGAACUUCAUAUCCUUUUCAGGGAUACUGGUCUUUUCGGAAUUUAUUUCGUCGCUAACGGUGACGAUAUCAAUGACACACACGGCAUCAUGAAAAGUGUCGCUCAUGAAUGGAAGGUUCAAAUACGUUUCUCUUUCGUUUGAACCAUGAUUUUUUGCAAUUUGUUUUUUUUUUUUUUGAAUUCUCGCUCGGGUUCAGUUUGUUUAUUUAGAGUCUGUGAAUAGAAACAACUGGAAAAAAAUGCCGAUUAUAGGCAGACCUCUUAUGUUUCAUUCAGAAAUUAAGAGGGGAAGUAAGGUUAGGGUUUAUUAAUUUCUUUCUUUCGAACUAUUAUUCAUUGAACGAACUUUUACAGAAUCAUAAAAAAUUAUCGAAGGACAACAAUCAAACAAAAGAAAAACAGAGAAAAAGUCUUUCACUCUUGACGUCAUGUUUAAGUUACUUUCGUUAAUCUAUACAUAAGGGUUGUACGGAAGUGAAUUUAUUCUAAAGGAAUCAGGAAAAAAGAAAAAGGAAGUUAAAAUGUUUAGUCCAUCCCAUUUUCAUUCGUAUCCACAAAAAAAACAGGAGCGCUUUAGAGAAAUUAUGAUUAAUGGAAAUAUUUUUCCGCGGUACGAGGAAUUUUUCAGCACCUGGCUAGCGCUACAACUGAGGAUGAGGCCAAUUUGGCCCGCAAUCAGUACAGAACAGCCCUUUACCAGAACCUUGAGACGAAUACUCAGAAGGCGGCCUUCAACGCCAAGGAGGUGACUCUCAUUCAAAAAUAUAAAUAAACUUCCGUUUCGAGAUUCUCUACACUGGAAACGUGCGAUCUCUUUCGGAAGUCGAAGAACAAAUUUCGAAGACGGACCACACCGCUAUUCGUGAGGCCGUCUCUCGCCACGUCUACGACCGCGACUUGGCUGCCGCAGGCGUCGGUAAGAUCUUUUUCUUCUUUUCUAAUUUUCUCGUUCAUCAACAAAAACGAAAAUUAAGAUGAAAUGAAGGCGUUCAAUAAUGUUUUCUCUUCCAAAAUCGGUUGGGUUUUAGACAGGAAGCUGGAAACUUCCACAGUAAAUUUGAAAACCGAGUCCAAAUCUUCUAUGCCGCGUGCAAAGUUAUUUGUGAAACGAAAAGAAAAAUUUGGAACCCUCAUUUUUCAGCUUUUUUGAAAAAAAAAAACAGUAGUAGAAAAACAACGAGGCGGAAGUGGAAAUGAGGGGUCUCCAAUUGAAUCUGACGUCACUUUUUGAACCAAAAUUUUUUCCAGUUUCUCGCUCUUGAAUCAAAUGGAAAUAGGCAAAUAAGGAAGCGACGAAAGUUCGGCUACUACUGGACACAAAUUUUCCAAUUUGUCCUCUACAAAUGUUUUUUUAUUUUUUUCUAGACUUCCCUUCCAGUUUCUGAAUAACUUUAGAGUUUUUUCAAUUAUCACAGUUGACUACAUUCAAAGUGUUGGGAAUUUUUGCGGUGUUCGGAAAAAAAUUUGCCUUUUUCUACUGAUUAUAAUUUUUUUUUUCGAUCGUAUUCUCUCGAAGAAAGUUUAAAUCGGUGAUUUUUCACGCUUCAUCAAAUAAUAAAUUUUCGAUUUGUUGUUCUUUAACCCUUAUAAGACGGUCGUAUAUUGAACUUUAGCGCUCUUCUUUACAAUUCGUUGAGCUAUAGCUAGAACAAAGAAAUUCAGGAACAAAAAGUUCAGAACAACUGUCAUGAACUCGUAUUCUUUUUUUUUUUUUUUGAGAAAGUGAGCUUUUGAAAAUGAUCUCACUGAUUAUUUUUUCAGGUCGUACGGAAGCUUUCCCGCCAUACGCGUUUGUCCGAGCCGGAAUGUCUUGGUGGAGAUUGUAAACGUUCUAUUCGAAAUAUUAAUUAAUGUUUAUUGCAAUUCAGUCAAUUUCGGUUUGUCGCACCAAUUUUUUUUCUCUUUUCAAAUUUAGGAAUAAAGUAGAAUUUUUUUUUGAAAAGCGUUGUUUUUUAUUUGAUGUUUGACCGUCUGGAAUCCUUUAAUAUGAAAAACCGAACGAAGCUUGAAAAUGGCUAUCUAUUUUUUUUUGUGUUUUUUGGCGAUUUGAUGAACACAGUAUUGUCGUGGUCUAUGGAAAUUAAAGUAUCGCCUUUUUUAUUUUCCGCUUUGUUUCUUUCUUUGGUUUUUUCCGAUCGAGUACUAGAUAUUAAAUUCAGUCGGACCUUGAAAGUUUAAAUUGAAAAAAAAAAGAGGAGGAGAAGGUCUUAACACGGGAAACCGCCUGUAGCAGUACUGAAAAUUGGAUGAUUCAUGGUAAUUUACUCCUGUCAUUUUCAAAAUUUGUACCACGUUUCUCAGAGAUAAUGAUUUUCAACAAAGUCAACCAAUCCAAGUUACCGAAGAAUUUUUUUUACGAGUCAAAAAAAACGACGCAAAUUUUCAAAUUGUCCGUUUUAUUUUUACAUAUGAUUGGACGAAUAGUCGCAUUUGUUAUAUUGUAAAAGUCGAAGGAACUUAUAAUCAAUAUAACUCUAGCCGGUGGAAGAAACAGUACCAAUUUUUGAAUAUGUUAUUCGCGUGUUCUUCUCGUAUCUUGUCAAGACUAAUUUAUUAAAUUCUUAAAAAUAAAUUGAUUUUCUUUUUGUUAUUGUCUUGGUAUUAUUCGGAAAUUAUGAUGAAGAAGCAUGUGUACUUGUCUCGCUGGUUUUCGGACUAAUUUGAAUGAAUGGGCAAUAUUGCGUUCAGUAGGUUAUGGACGCAAAAUCGAUUUCGGCGGGCAGCAAUCAGACCGAUUUGGACCUCGAAUGGAGAAAAUACGCGUUUCUCUGUAUUUGCGGGGGCGUGAGGCCUGAUUGUAAACAAAAGCUGACUCCAAGAUUGAGGGUCCCCGGUGACUCACUCCAUUUUGUCGUUCAUACACGACUUUUCUCACUUUCUUUCCGUUCUUAACUCUAUUUUCCCCCUUUGUAUCGUCUGAAACAAAAAUCUGUUUCUUCUCCGAAUUAGUUUCCCAAAAUCCUCGGUGUUCAAGCUUUCGUGGUUUCCAGGAUGACCUCAAAAGGCAUUGAAAUUUAUCGAACUCUCAAGAAAUCGCUCUCCAAAACAGAGGUAAAAUUUCCAUUAGAUAUAAUUUAUUUUUAAUAAAAUAAAUCCAAAAUAAAACUUUUAAAAUGAAGUUUCUGUAAGUUUAACUUUACUUAUAUUCGCCAAUAGUUCCGGUCAACACAAAGUAACAGAACCAUCUAUAGAUCUUACUUCCGUACGCGGUUUGGCUAAUUUUGUGAAGAUUUUGUCUUUGUAUGAAUCCUUCAGUAAUUGGCGGAUGAAGCGUAUUUCGCUCUGUAAAAGUGAAAUUUGAAUUUAUAACCCUUUCAAAGAUUUUACAUAUAGGGAAAGUUUCGAAGGCGAUUCACAUAGGUAAAACGGAAAAGUUCCUUUGAGGAUCCUGAGAGGGAGAUACGUGGCUCCCUCUAAAAGCUCCUAAAAUGAUGUAAAAAAGCUUUUGAGCACCUUUUUCAUAGCCUCAGAGGAUCCUUUUUGAAUCCUCUCGAAUCUUUUUAGUUGCUUUCCAGCAUCCUUUUUGUCAGAGGAUGUGAAAAAGAUGCAAAAAAGAAUUGAAAUGAUGUGAAAAAGAUCUGCUGGGGACCCUUUCAAGGUCUUUUUUUGAGAAAAGCUUUUGGGGAGCUUUUCAGUUUUGCCCGAGCAUGUAUGAAAACUGAAAAUAAGUUUUGAAAAUUAAUCCAUAGAUGACUAUAUAGUUUAAAUAUCUAGGAAUCGCUGAAUCAUAAUAAAUUUAAUGAGGAUCUGACGUAAUGUUGCAGACGCCGUCUCUGAGCACAAACAUCCGUACGUGGCCUCAUCCCCCAGGUGAUGUCAUGGCCGAUCUUCUGAUCAUCUUCGGGUUGCAGAAGUUCUUCUCAACGGGCAAGUGGAGCAUGUGGCACGUUUCUACGGAGCGACGGCCGUUUCUGACGCCCGCGGAAGGCAAAUCGUCGCCGAGGCUCUUCACGCCAUCAACUUCAAACGAGACGUUUGUCAUUUCUCUCGGAGCCUUGGAUGUAUUUUUCUUUUGAUUCAACUUUCCGUCUUUAUGUUGAACCUGAAGUUCUGACAAAUACAUUUUUGUCUCCACUUUCUAACUGCCAAGGUUGAAAAUGAUUCAAAAAAAUAGAUUUUUAACUGGAAUUUUCUUUUCAUUAUUUAGUUGCGGCGAUCAGAAGUUUCGCAUUCGAAUUCAAAGCCGCAGAAAGUGUCUAUAAACGUGAGCGUGAAAUGUGUGGCGAUCGUCGACGCCAAGACGAGCUCGACCCUCUACUCGUACCCUUUGUCGCAGAUCACCUAUGUCUACGUCGAUCCCACCGUAGUUUUGUUAAAAGUUCCUUUUUGAACGCCCUUAUUCCAGGAUCCUAAACUUUUCUCCUUCAUCGCAGCCAGCUCGGCGAGACGCUUCGAGUGCUACUUGUUCACGUCAUCUGAGAAGUUGGUCCAAGACUUGGCCAGCACAAUCAAAGAGGCCAUCGACCUGGCCUACAAGGUUCCGCAAUCUAUUCUUUCUCUUCCUUUCACCGAUGAAUCCCAAAAAUUCAGAACCUGUUGGAAGAAAAUCGUGACGCGCUGUUGGCCAAACGGCGGGAGCUCGAAUUUCGAAAGCAAAUUAUAGAGAUGCAGGCCGAGAUUAAACUUCUUCGCGACAAAGUUAUUUAUUACGAGAAAAUGGUUCCGGCUGGUCGACAUUUUCAUGUAAUAUUCCCAUAUAUAAUUUUUCCGUUAAAAAAUUCGCUAUUUUUAUUAAUUGACAGGCAAAUCCAUCGACGAGCCCUCCGAAAGUUCCGUCGACGCCGAUUCCACAAGGGCCGCCUUCCAAUCUAGUAAGCUUGCCCAAAAAUGUUCUGAAAGACCAUUUUGUUCAAGAAGAGUGUCUAUGCGACACCCAGAUCCUUGGAUGAAGAGACGGUUGAAAAAUCGUUGAAAGAAAAAGCGGCGGCGCCGUCAACGAGCGUCCCUGCGAGUAAUGGUUUGACUCGAAGCCUCUCGGUCUUUCCACCGUUUUUUUUUCUCCAGACUACUCUACGGGGCCAACGUCUUCAGCCUGUCCACCGCCGGCUCUUCCGCCUCCGCGUGCUCCAGCCAUUGCUCCUCCGCCGCCGAUUGCUCCGCGCCGCAAUCUACCGCAAGCCUCUGGAAGCACUGUCGACGUGGGGCGUAGACUUGAGAACCUCCGGCUCGACGUAUUUGAAGAUUUGUUUGAUGACUCUUUCGAUCCACGAGCUGAAGAGAACAAAAGGAUUUCGAGCAACGGACAAUAUGGUUUGAUACUACUCUAACACAAAUCUUCAAAAUUGAGUUUCGUAGACCCCUUUGGAGACGAUUUCCUGAAGGACGUUCUUGGCGUCGGCGAUAAGGCAGCUCGGAACACGGCGGCGACUCUCGACGACCCCUCUCUCACUGUCGCUGACAUCCAGAAGAUGAUAGACAGUGUCGAUAAAAGGUCUUCAUAGCCAUGCGAGGUCUCUUGAACAAUAAUUCUGUGUGUUCCAGACUCCAAGAAGCAGACAUGGAAAGGCCGGUCGAGCGACGCAAUUCGCAGGUCGCCGGGCCUUCGGAAAAGAUUCCUUCUCCGCUGGCCGACGAGAGCGACUACGCGACGCCUUCCGGUUUACUCAACCCCAAAACGAUUGGCUGA